AUGCUGACUGUGAAUACCAAAAGUCGUACAACAUUCUUCAGUACUCGAUAAUCUACUGUAGAAGGUACUGGAUAAAAUGUAUUGUUAUGGGAUUAAAUGUUUGGAAAUUUUCAAAGUACUCUAAGACAAAAAAAUCAAACAAAUAAAUAACAAAAAAACCCUAAUGAUCUAAUAUACUAUUCAUCUCCAUUGAAUUAGCCUAAUCCUUUUUAAUUCAAUGAGAAGCUUAAAUAAGGUUUUCGUUAAUAUUUGAAUGGAGAACUAACUGCUUUAAAUUUAGUAAAUGAAUGCAAUCAUUUAAAUAGAAAGGAAACAAAACUUAAAAAUAGAAUUAAAUUAGUAAAACGUGCAAAUAUGUUUGCCAAUUAAUUACAAGUUACAAACAAAUAUAGAUCAUUACAUCAUUAAGGAUUGACUGAUUAAGAGAUUGAAAAAAAAGUCAGAGUUUUAUAAAGAUUCGAAAAAAUAAAGAAAUUAAUUCAAAAAAACUUAGAAACAAAACCAACAGAAGACACUAAUCUCAAAGAUGUGUAACUUUUUAGACAACUCUAUGAAGUUAGUGAACAAAAUAAAAGUAAGUUUAAAUAGAAGAAUCUAAUUACAGAAAGGACAGAUGGAUAACGAGAAUUUGAAAAUGUAAAUUAUUUCACUCAUAGAUACCUGAGAGUAAAGAGAUCAGAUGAGAAAUAAAAGAAAAAGAAAGAAAGUAAAGAUUAGGAUAUCUUUAUAAAAUAGAAAGUAAGAGAUGUUAUAGAUGAAAAAUUAAGAGGAUUUAUUAAUGAAAGAGAAUAAGAGUAAUAGUAAAUUAUGAGUAAAGCUAAAAGAAGGAUGUAAAUGAAAAAUACCUUAUUUAAAGAAUAUGAAAAUGAUAAAUAUAUACUAAAUGAUCCAUUAAAUAAAGAUGUUAAGCUUUAUGCAUAUUUAUUUGUCAAGCCUAAAGAGAACGUUAAACUUAAUGAAAUAAGUCAAAAAACAUUACCAAUAUCUAAGAGUGUUAAAUAAACUAAACAUUAUUUGAAAAACUUUAAAAAGCAAUUAACAUCUCGUAAAGUAAGUAUGACAAACGAUUCUUCCUUAAACUCAAUUUUAGAAAUUAAUAUUGAUAAUUUGUAUAAAGCAAGUAAUUAAAUUUAAUCCUAGAUUCUAUUAAAUGAUUAAGAAAAAUUCGUCAAAAGAAUCAAACAAUUAUAAAAAGUGCAAUAACUUAAUUAAGACAUUUUAAAGAUGAAUCGAAUAAAGCUUUCUUCUGAACGUAAAUCAGUUUUAUUUUGA